UAUUUUUCGUAAAUUCUUGAGAAAUAGAGAGAUUUUUCAAACAUGGAACCUUUUUUUAUUUUUUUUUUUCAUAAAAACAAAUCAACAACAGAUACAUUUUUAUUUUAAAGUACAAAAUCAGAAAGCUUUUUACAUCCUUAAAUUUACAAGCUAUUUCAAGUUAAGAACCCCCUUUUUUUGGGAUCUUAUACCAUUCUGUCCUGCCAGGACACACUGCCCUCAGGAGAGUUGAAGAAAGUGCAGAACUUCUCCCUGAUGUUACAGGCCUCUCUAGAUGCCCUGUUUCCUCCCAUGCUGCGCACUGGUGUCAUCUUCUUUCCUGACUGCUCUCCAUCAUCCAGCAUCCUUUGGUUUUCGCUAGGGCAAAGCAGGAAGUUAUGCAAAAUACAUGCAGCCAACACGAGCGUGUCCACAUUUUUAGGAUGCAGGUUCACUCUGCGAUGCAGAAUUCUCCACCUCGAGGACAGAAUACCGAACGCAUUUUCCACUACCAUUCUUGCCCUUGAAAGUCUGUAGUUGAAGAUUCGUUUAUUGUGGCUGAGGUUCUGUCCUGGGUAAGGUCUCAUCAAAUAGGGUUUGAGAGGGAAAGCUGCAUCACCCACCAUGACAAAGGGUAGAUCACCCAGGUGAGCAGCACCAGGCAGAGGGGCACUGGUUGGCACAUCAAGUGUCCUUGUCUCCAUUCCUCUUCCUAAAUCAGAUCCAGCGUAAACCCCUCCAUCGCUGGUUCUCCCGAAGUCCCCCACUUGAAUGACCCUAAACCUGUAGUUUGCAUCCACCAGCGCCAACAGUACAAUAGAAAAUGUUUUCUUGUAAUUGAAGUACUGACUUCCAGACAAUGGAGGUGCCUGUAUAUGCACAUGCUUUCCGUCUAACGCCCCCAGGCAAUUUGGGAAGUUCCACUUGUUCAGGAAGCCUUCAGCCACCUCUCUCCAAGUAUCCGUUGUUGGCCUGGGGAGGAACCUCUGCAUCAUCAUCUUUUCAAUGGCUGCAGACACCAUGUGCACAGACUUCCGGACUGUUGCAUGUCCCAGUCGAUAGGCAAAAGCUAGGCUUACCAACGAGUCCCCAGAGGCCAAGUACCUGUAACAGACAAAAAAGAAAAAGAAGUUACAUUAUGAACCGUUUUAUUCAUAUUUUUCUUUUAUUUCUUUCAGUGGAAGUUUGCAAGGCCCGGUGGAAGACUCUUCGGGAUGCUUUUGUUAAAAGCAAAAAAAGAGGAAACAUGCCGAGUGGAUCUGCAGGUGGGAGUCAGAAGGAGUGGAAGUAUGCCGAAAUAAUGUCCUUCCUUUUGCCUCACAUCCAGCAAAGAAGUUCAAGGAGCAACUUGAAAAAUGUUCUUUUUGAAUCCGAGGGCAGAGAAAGAAGUGGCACACCUCAGUCCUUGGGAGAAUAUGAAGAACAAUCAAGUGCAUCUGGAGCACAACAAACAACUGCUGCUUCUCCAUCCCCUUCACCAUCUUUGACUUCCACCUCAAGGGACACAGACAUGCCCUCAAGAUCUCGAAGCCCCAGGGACAGGCCUUCAACAUCAGGAGCACAGGCAGCUAAAAAAGACACCCGUCAUAGCCACAGGCCUACAUCAGUAGACAUUGGUGAUAGGCUAAUUUCAAUUUUGGAGGAGCCUGUGCCAAAACCCCACAUGCCAGACAAUGAGCUUGAUGAGUCAUAUUAUUUUGCUCUGAGUCUGGUCCCAAUGCUGCACAGGCUUGACAAGGACCGCAGACAGGAGGCGAAGAUUGAAAUGUUAAGAACAUUACACAAUCUAUACAAAGGACAACAACAAGCCACCACCAUCCCCCAUACAGCAAGUUGGCAAACUAUUCAUGCUCCAACACAACAAUCGCAACCUCCCCCAACUAUCACUGGACACUCAAGUCAAGCCACCAGACCUGUGAGCUUCAGACCAGUUACCCACCCCCCCCAAUAUGCAAGACCAAUUGGGCAAUUUACACAGAUGCUCGCAAGCUCUGAUCCACAAUGGGAGGACCGAGGCACUGGGGGAGAUUUCUUUGAAGACCUUUAGAGAAACCCCCCCAAAAGGUGGACUUCUGUAAAUAAUAUCAGUGUUUCUUUUUUUUUUUAAUACUUUUUUUAAUCUAAUGUUUAUUUUUCUAUUUAAUUUUUUU